UCAUGAGUGUGGCUGUGAUUUUUUUGUUUUCUUGGGAAUUUUAACUUGUUACCGUCAAAUACUAUAUGGGUUUUGACUUCUGUUUGUUUCCCUCUUGGUUACUGUGAAAAAAUGGGUUCUUUAUUAUGUUAUUUUUCUGGUCCAGAUUGUAAGUGCUCUGCGUUUUUGAUUUUGUAAUACGUCUGCCACUUUUGGUUUGGUUGGUGGGAAUGCUUGUAGCAGAGGAAGAGAAAACUUGGGCUCCUCUUCUCUCCUGCAUUUUCUGGGGAACCCAAAUGGAGCUUUUUGUUAAAGUUUUAAUGGGUAAUGCAUGUAAUAGUGAUUUUGUUAUGGAAUGGAAUAAAGGAGAGAACUUGGGAUGCCCAAUUUCUUUACAUAUUCUGGGGAAGCAAACAGAGAGCUGCUUCGGUAUACUAAUCAGAAACUCGUGGUGUUGGAUGAGCAGAAGGGACUAAACUUUCACCCCCUAAGCUUCAAAUCCAACAAAGUAGCACUUCAAUGCUCUGGAGCAAAAAGAGCAAGUGACCUUUGAAUUAGUAUUAAUCAAGUCUUCAUCAACUUCUGCACUGACCAUGGCUCCCAGUAAAACGCAGAUUGCUAAUGCUUUUAAAGCAUCAAAGGCCUUGGGAAUUAGUACUGAAGAAAUCAGACCUGUCCUCAGAGACUUGUACAAAUCUUUUCACAAGAAUUGGGAGCAUAUUGAAGCAGACAACUACAGGGUUCUAUUUGAUAGAUACUUCGAAAUGCAGGAGAAUAAGGGAGAAGUAGAAAAGAGAGAUGAAAGACCAGGUAAAGCAGUGCAUUUGGCUGAGGGAGACCAGGUUUCUAAAAGAACUGGAUCAAGUUUUGAACUGCCCCUCAAACAUUCCACUCACAGUGGAAAUGUCCAAUUUCCCCGUCAUGUGGCCUCUGGAAAUGGAAGAGUACACCCUGAAAGAGCAUCAGCAGUCUCGCUUACAAGUCACACAAACUACUUCAUGAAGCCAAAGAAUGAGGGAUCCACAAAUGACGCUAUAGUUUCUGCAGAACAGACCUCAAUGAGACGUCCAGGACCAAUGAACGGAGCUGCUAGAAUACAACGACCUAAGACAGACUCAAAUGGUGCAUCCAUUUCUCGUGAGGACAAGAAGUCAAUCAUUUAUAAAUCAGACAUAACCAAAUCAACUGAAAAAGUGCCAAUAUCCUUAGUAGAUGAUGUUGGGAUUGAGAGCUUGCCAAAGUUCAAUUACAUCCCACAAAACAUCAUAUACCAAAAUGCCAAUCUGAAUAUUUCACUGUCUCGCAUUGCGGAUGAGGAUUGCUGCCCAGAUUGUUUUGGAGAUUGUCUUUCAGCAGCAUUUCCUUGCGCAUGUGCUCGUGAAACUGGUGGGGAGUUUGUGUACACACCAGAAGGCCUACUGAAAGAAGAUUUUCUAAGUAACCGUAUGGCUCUGGUGAGGGAACCGGAUAAGCAACCUCAUGUUUAUUGUCAAGACUGUCCUAUUGAGAGGUCUAAGAAUGAAGACAUGCCUGAAAAAUGCAAAGGACACGUGGUCAGGAGGUUUAUCAAAGAAUGCUGGAGAAAAUGUGGAUGUGACAUGCAGUGUGGAAAUCGUGUUGUACAAAGGGGAAUUUCGUGCAAGUUGCAGGUGUUCUGGACUCCUCAAGGAAAAGGCUGGGGAGUUAGAACCUUAGAGGUCUUAGAGAAAGGAUCAUUUGUCUGUGAAUAUGUCGGGGAGAUAAUGACUAACACAGAGUUAUAUGAGCGGAAUAUGGAAAGCACUGGUAGUGAGAGACAUACAUACCCCGUGACACUAGAUGCAGAUUGGGGGUCAGAACAAAUUUUGAGGGAUGAGGAUGCCCUCUGUCUGGAUGCGACGCUUCACGGCAACGUUGCAAGGUUCAUCAAUCAUAGAUGCUUUGACGCAAACUUGGUUGAUAUCCCAGUUCAAGUGGAAACUCCUGACCGCCAUUAUUAUCAUCUUGCCUUCUUUACUACCAAGAAAGUGAAUGCCUUUGAAGAGUUGAAUUGGGAUUAUGGGAUUGAUUUUGAUGAUGAAGAUCAUCCUAUUGAGGCAUUUCAGUGCAGUUGUGGAAGUCCAUUCUGCCGAAACAUAAACAGAAAGGGAAAACGGCGGUGACUGUUGGAUGACCGAUGACAACUCGUUGCAGAGUACUUCCUUUAGUUGGCUUUAUGUUUGUUGUUAAUUUUGGAAGUACAUUAGUGGCUUGUGCUACCUUUGUUGCUGAACUACAGAAUUGUUUGGCCAAGAAUUAGAAUGCUAGAGAAAAUUAGAGAUAUUUUGUUGACUUGUACAUGGGUACUAUUCUUUGAGUUUUACAAUCCUUCAAAUUUCAGUGUCA